CAAGCAUCAACGUUGAGAAGUCGAUAGGCUCUUCCUGUCGCUUGUAAACACGUGUGCGGGAGGACCUUCUACUCAGCCCAGGAAUAUCGCAAAAACUUUCAAAAUGCCUAAAGUAAAAGCCGACAAAAAAUCUCGACAGCAUCAGGAGGUCAGAAGCCAAGGUAUUAUGUUCAAUACCGGCAUUGGCCAACACAUCUUGAAAAAUCCUCUGAUUGUCAACGGGAUUAUUGAAAAGGCUGCUAUUCGACCGACAGAUGUGGUGCUGGAAGUUGGGCCUGGAACUGGUAACAUGACGGUAAAACUCCUGGAGAAAGCAAAAAAGGUUGUAGCCUGUGAGUUGGACACAAGACUGGUCGCUGAACUUCAAAAGAGAGUACAGUGCACACCAAUGCAGACAAAGCUGCAGAUCAUGAUUGGAGAUGUCCUGAAGACAGAACUGCCCUUUUUUGACGUCUGCGUUGCUAACUUGCCUUACCAGAUUUCAUCACCAUUUGUGUUCAAGUUACUGCUUCAUCGGCCUUUCUUUAGGUGUGCAGUCCUGAUGUUCCAGAGGGAGUUUGCCAUGCGGCUGGUGGCCAAGCCCGGUGAUAAAUUGUACUGCAGGCUUUCCAUAAACACACAGCUGCUCUCACGAGUAGAUCAUCUCAUGAAGGUGGGAAAAAAUAACUUCCGCCCACCUCCUAAAGUAGAAUCCAGUGUUGUUAGGAUAGAGCCGAAGAAUCCUCCACCUCCAAUUAAUUUCCAGGAAUGGGAUGGUUUGGUUAGAAUCGCAUUUGUGAGGAAGAACAAGACACUCAGUGCAUCCUUCAAGUCCACAGCAGUUGAACAGCUUCUGGAGAAAAAUUACAGAAUCCACUGUUCUGUGCACAACAUUGACAUCCCACAGGACUUCAAUAUCGCCGCCAAAAUUGACAGUGUUCUCCGAGAGGCAGGAUUCAGUGAGAAGCGGCCUCGUUCAAUGGAUAUAGAUGAUUUUAUGGUACUUCUCCAUGCCUUCAACUCUGCUGGGAUUCAUUUCUCCUAACCCUGGUGGAGCAAGCCCUGGAUUGUAUCUAAAGACCCAUCAGCGAGGAGAAUAACACUGAAGAACCCUGUGCUGACAAUGAGAACUGUCAAGAGCCAAUAGUUGUGUAUCAUCUGAGAGACCAUCUUCAGCUUCUGAACUGGCGCCGCUGUGCAAAAUGAACACUGAAAUCAAAACCUGCACAGAUUUCCACAGUUCUGCAAAUGUCCCAAAAUAAGUAACUGAGGAAGAGCAAUAAUUAUAUUUUAAUGUGUGAUAUAUUAUGUAUAUCCUGCUUGACCCUUCAUAUUUCUUUUGUAAAUAUCUUGACUUUGAAAAAGUAAAGAAAUCAAAAACA